AUGGACAAUGUCCAACCAAAGUCUAUAUUGACCAACGAGGACCCGACUAUAAUGAGAGAAAUUAGACAUGUUUUCCCAUCUUCUAUACAUCGUCUCUGUGGUUGGCAUUUGGAGAAGCAUAGGACCAGUCACAUGGGGCCCUUAUACAAGAAAUACCCCCAUCUGAAGAAUGCAUAUUAUAGUUGCAUACAUGAUUCGAAAACAAUUACAGAGUUUGAGCAAAAAUGGGACGGAAUGAUUGAGAGAUUCAAUUUACAAGACCAUAAAUGGUUGAGGAGACAGUUCAAACAAAGGAAGCAUUGGGUUCCAUGUUACUUUCCUGACAUAUUUUUUGCUGGUAUGAGCAUAACCCAGAGAGGUGAGUCAAUGAACAAGUACUUCAAAGGCUUCUUCAGUCCAUCUACUCCAAUUUGUGAAUUUAUUACACAAUAUGAUGAGGCUGUUAAGAAAGGAAGAGAAAAGGAAGCGAACGUAGACAUCAAAUGCAUGACCUCCUUACCAUGUUUGCAUACAGAGCAUAAAAUUGAGAAGCAAGCCAGGCUUAUUUAUACAGCGAAGGUGUUUGGGGUUUUCUUUAAAGAAUGGUGUGCAUGCUUUGGACUUGUGGCUAAGGUUAUAGAAUUUGAUAUCCACGAGAGAAGGUAUAGGGUAUUUUCAGAGGAUGGUAGUCGAGAAAUUGACUUGAACUAUGUGAUUGACAAUGAAGAUGGUGAAAUGAGCAGUUGUAGCUGUAAGAAGUUCGAGCAGUUAGGGUUACUGUCCAGGCAUAUACUAAAGGUGUAUGUAAUAACGGACAGAUCCGAGAUUCCCCAAACCUACGUUUUACGUAGAUGGACCAAAGGUGCUAAUACUAGUGUUGGAGAACAUCGUGGGGGCUCAUCUCAGCAGCAGACCCUGUAG